ACCUCCCCUUGAUUGACUCUUUUAAGAGAAGGCCGAAAAAGACUUUAACUUCUGGGACCGCAUUGGGCGCUCAGAAAACAUAUUUCUCAUAACAAAAUGCCAACUGAUGGUAAAAAAUCUGCAAAACAAAGGGAAGAAUUGGACAAAAAGGUUGAAGAUUUUAAGGAGAAAUUUAAAACAGAUGGAGAUCAUCUUGUACAUCAUGUCUUCCCAAGCAAAAUAUUAGAACUUGAAGAUAUAUAUCAGUCUUUACAUGUAAAAGAUGCUGCUACUUACCACACAGAUUUAAAUAUACCUGUUCCUGAUCCAGUUCUCUUCUACAACAAUGAUACAUCAGAGCCUUCUCAGCCAGACCGUAAAAGAAAGAAGUUAGAACACAAUAAUGAUGAUAAAGUAGAAGAUAUAGCAGGUACAAAAGUUCAGAUUUUACCUAAUGGACCAGUUCCUUGUAAUAAAAGAUUAGCAGUGUUAGCAGAUCAAAUAAAGCCUUAUAUACAAGAACUCAUUGACCAUGCUAACAUUUUGAAGAUGUGGAUUACACUGUUGAUACCUAAGAUAGAAGAUGGCAACAAUUUUGGUGUAUCAGUGCAGGAAGACACUCUUGGUGAAGCUAGACAAGUAGAAAGUGAAGCAGCAUCAUAUUUAGACCAAAUCUCUAGAUAUUAUAUAACUAGAGCUAAAUUAGUAUCUAAAGUAGCAAAGUACCCUCAUCUUGAUGAUUACAGACAAUCCGUGAGAGAGCUUGAUGAGAAGGAAUUUAUCAGCAUACGACUCAUUUCCUGUGAAUUACGUAACCAUUACGCAAGUCUACAUGAUAUUAUAUUGAAGAAUAUGGAAAAGAUCAAGAAACCAAAAAAUGAUAAUGCACAUCAAAACUUGUACUAAAUAUUUAUUGAUUUAGAUUGGUGCAGGACAUUUCUCUACAGUUGAAUUGUUGUUGUUUAUUUUACUAAAAUAUGUUAUUUAAAAACAUCCAGACAGAAUUUUCGAAGAAACAAAACCCCUAAAAUAUAGUGCUAUGGAAAUGAAGAUGGAAGUAAAAAAAUUAUAUUCAAUGAUUUUAAGCUUAAAAACAGAAACAGAAAUAAAUAUGUAUAUUAAAGAAAAUACUAGUUGAAAAUGAAA